GCACAUUAUAGCAUACCCUUCUUGAAAGCUUUCGACUUGCGGUGCUUCUUGCCCUUGCGCUUCCGCGACAUGCGCCGCAUCAGCCGCCGCGCGCGGCGCCUAGCUUCCUCCUCCGACGGCGGUUCGCCCGACGGCGGCUUCGGGAUGGGUGGCGCGCCGCCGCCGCGCGUCAGCUUGAUCGAUUCUUCUUUUUUGACGGCCUUCCGCGCGUCCUUGACCUUUUUUGGAGGGCCGGGGCGGUCCUUGAACAGCUUCUUGGCGACCUGUUCGGCCUCCUUCUUGUCGCGGAUGACCUGCGCGCGGCGGCGUCGCUCUACUGCGUCUGCUCGAUGGCGUUGCGCGUGGCGCUCUCUCGGGAUGCGAAGGCUGGGGUGAGUCGGCGCCGGGACCCACCUCGGCGGCGGCGGCAAGACCGAUCAAGAGUAGUAAGAAGCGCAUCUUUGGGCUGCCCGAAGCGCUUGGAAUAGCGCUACAAGCUGCACACGCGGAACUCCUGCGGAAUUCUAGUAAGUCUAUCUAG